AUGAUCUUGAACGCUCCUAAUGACAUCUUCCGGUAUUUCUUACCAUUGACAAUACUGACAGGAGUGUACAUAGUUGUUUGGGCGCUCCGCAAAGGACUAUACGGCCCGCUACAUGCGAUACCAGGGCCAUGGCAUUCAAGGUUUACCAAUGUGGUACUGAAGUACAAGACUUUGACCGGUCAGAGGGCCUUCUAUGUUCACGACCUUCAUCAGCAAUAUGGAUCGGUCGUAAGGGUGGAACCGGGAGAAGUCAAUGUGUGUGACUUGGAUGCCUUUCGAGAGGUUCACCGUAUCGGAAGUGGCUUCGUUAAGUCUGACUGGUACAAAUUGGCCACACCUGGGAUUGAAGACAACGUGUUUGGCAUGACCAAUGUGCCUGAGCAUGCGGCCCGUCGGAGGCUAUUGGCACGACCGUUCAGUAGAUCCUCUCUGCUGUCGAAUUUUCAGGAUCUGGUGACAGAACGGGCCCGGCUUGCUGUAAAGAGGAUCAAGGAAGACGCAAGUAAAGGGCCAUCCGACGUCAUGAAAUGGUGGACUUUGAUGACUACCGAUGUCAUUGCCCGGGUGGCAUUUGGCGAAGAGUCUUGCCUGUUGGAGGCUGGCCAAAAAAGUCAGUAUAUUAAUGAUCUAGAGCGUGCAACACAGAUCUGGGGUCUUCAGGGAGAGGUCCCUUGGCUUUACCCGAUCAUGCGACUCCUGUCACCCGGAUUCAUUCGAGAAUGCGACGCGUGUAUGCAGAGGGUCGUAGAUUAUGGGCUGUCGGCAGCCCACGCAGCUGGCAAGGGCUCGUUGUCUAAACACAACAUCAUCAGUGGUUUGAUAGACGCGAGUCGUGCUGAAGGCACAAGCCUAACAGACUUCAGUCUAGGAUCACAGGCCUCGGCAUUGAUAGUUGCAGGGUCAGGAACCACGGCUGUCACCCUUACCUAUGCCGUCUGGGCCGUCUUGCAGCAUCCGGCUGUGAGGUCGAAGCUGGAGGACGAGGUGGCCAACCUUCCAGACAGCUUCGAUGAUGUUGUUUUGGAGAAGCUGCCAUAUCUGAACGCCGUCAUCACAGAGACAUUGCGGCUAUACGGAUCAGCACCUGGUGCGCUACCUCGCACCACGCCUUCGAAGGGAAUUCAGAUUAAGGAUUUCUAUAUUCCACCAGGUGUUACGUUGACGACCCAGGCUUAUACCAUGCACCGAGAUCCUGCAAUAUUCGCCGAUCCGGAAAGAUUCGACCCAGAUCGAUUCUACCAACGAGAUCUCUCUGGCGCACAGAAAUAUGCCUUCGCACCAUUUGGAGGAGGCACGCGAAUCUGUUUAGGGAUUCACCUGGCGUUCAUGGAACUGCGGCAUGGACUGGCUGAAUUCUUCCGCGAAUGUCGCGGAUUUGAGCUCUCCGAACUGACGACACCAGAGUCGAUGGAAAUGGAGAAUUACUUCUUGAUUAGCCCAAAAGGCAAAUGUUGUAUGGUCAAGGCAGGAACCGCAGAUGGUUGA